AUGACCUCCAGAGCAAACACUGAAAAGCACAACAGCCACUACUUAAAACCAGAAUUCAGCUCUGGGCCAAGCUAUGUUCCCUACAACGAUUACGAGUUUCGCAGAAUCUCUCUUGCUCUAGACAAAAAAUUGGGCCCAGAAUACAUCUCCAAAAGACCAAAUGGUGCUGGAAGCGUCCAUUAUCUCGAAGGUUGGAAGGCCAUUAACCUUGCCAACAAAGUCUUCGGUUUCAAUGGCUGGUAUACCGAAAUUAAAGACAUGACGAUAGACUUUGUUGAUACUGUCAGACAAAAAUUCAAUGUGGGUGUUUCUGUGAUAAUUAGAAUAACUCUCAAAGAUGGAACCUUCAGAGAGGAUAUUGGUUACGGAACAAUCGAAAACUCAAGAACAAAAGCUGGUGCUCUAGAAAAAUGUAAAAAAGAAGCUAUAACUGACGCUCUAAAAAGAUGCUUGAGAUCUUUUGGCAAUUCCUUGGGUAAUUGCUUGUACGAUAAGGACUUUACGAAAGAUGUAAAUGAUCUUAAAAAUAUCCAAUACAACCAAACUAAACAAGAUAUCAAAGAUAUCAAAAAUAUCGAAGAUAUCAAAGAUACCAAAGACAUCAAAGAUAUUGAAAACAAUCAAAACAAUCAAAACAAUCAAAAUAAUGAAAAUGAUGAAAUGGAUGGCGAUAUCACCAUUACUAUUUCUUCAAAUGAAAACUCAAAAAAUAUAAAAAACGAAGAAAUGGAUAUCGAUACUGUAAAUGCUCAAAAUAUUCAAAAUGAUAUUCAAAAUGAUAUUCAAAAUAAAACUUUGCAAAUUGAAAAUGAUAAAACCACUAAAGUAAAUGAAAAAAAAAAUAAAAAAGAAAGCAAUCUCGAAAAUAUAAAACAACAUAAAGAAAACGCUAUUAUUGAAGACGAUUCUAGAGAACCACUCAAAAGAUUGCCUGAAAACAUCCCAAAAAAAGUUAAAUGGUUUAGUGCAAGACAAGCUGAACAAGUUCAAUCAAAUUCGCCUUUACCCCCAGAAAAAGCAUUUGACCAUACUUAUCAGUCACCAUCACUUCGAAAAACAGUUGAUCACUCAAGGUCAAUGCCAAUUAAACGAUCUCUAGUUCAGGAAACAAAUGUCAAUAUUACUAACUACAAUAUUAACAAAAACUUCUCACUGCCUUUACCAAGAAAGAUUAAUGGCACAUUACAAGCACCUUUAAGAAACGCCAAAUCCAAUUUGAAAAGAUUGCAUGCAAAUUUAACAUCGAUAACAAAAAAUGGCUCUAGUUCAAAAGUAAAUAACAAUAUUUCAGCGAUAACAACCACCACAACAACCACUACUACUACUACUACACCAACUAAACCAAUUACAAGCAAAGAAGAGAAAAAAAUUGAACCUGUUGAUAAAUAG